AGUGUUACUACUUUCAGCUUCAGUUUCUCUUGUGUUUCUCAAAGUCAAGUUACUCAUCUCAGUAAUCAUUUGCCUCCUUCUGAGAGACACACACAUAGAUAGAUAUGAUAACGUUGUAAUCGAGAUGGCUGCCACGUGUUGCAACUUCACUCAAGCUUCUUCUAGUUUCAAGAAACUGCAUGAGAACAUUCAGCUGCAGAGCUACUUCACAAGGUGCCAUCAAAGAUCAGCGUGUAGUGUUGAAAAAGACUUCCAUAGGAGAUAUGGAGGAAGGUUGCAAGUUGAAAGAUGGCAUCAAUAUCAGCAUGUGUUAUGUGCAAGAGGAGUGGAGUUGUCCCCUUCUGUCAAUGAAGAUGUUGGAGAGGAAAGUGAGGAGGAUAUUUCAAAGGAAACCUUGAUUUGGAGAGCCAUCAAGUUGCCAAUUUACUCUGUUGCAUUUGUUCCUCUCACUGUAGGCAGUGCAGCAGCUUAUUUGCAGACAGGGAUAUUCUCAGCUAGGUGUUAUUUUGUUCUCCUGGCUUCAUCAGUUCUUGUUAUUACCUGGCUCAAUUUAAGCAAUGAUGUUUAUGAUUUUGACACUGGAGUUGACAAGAAUAAAAAGGAAUCAGUUGUAAACAUGGUUGGUAGCCGCAAAGGAAUCUUCAUUGCUGCCUACUCGUGCCUUGCUCUUGGCUUCCUUGGGCUGACUUGGACUGCUGUUGUGGAAAGAAACUUACGUUCAAUAUUGUUUCUUGUUUGUGCAAUUAUUUGUGGCUAUAUAUAUCAGUGUCCACCAUUUCGGUUAAGCUACCAGGGGCUAGGAGAGCCCUUGUGCUUUGCAGCAUUUGGUCCUUUUGCCACUUGUGCUUUUUAUUUAUUACAUGCCAGUGCAAGGGUGAAGAACCAUUUCCCAUUAAGUGGAACAGUUCUUUCAGCAUCAAUUCUUGUUGGCUUCACAACAUCACUUAUCUUGUUUUGCAGUCAUUUCCAUCAGGUGGAAGGAGACAAGGAGGUUGGGAAAAUGUCACCUUUGGUUAGACUUGGCAAUAAAAAAGGUGCAGAGGUAGUGAAAGGGGCAGUCUUUAUGCUCUAUGCUCUUUUGGUUGCUUUUGGUCUAAUCAAGGCACUUCCUCUCACUUGUAUAUCCCUUUGUACAUUGACCUUGCCGUUGGGAAACCUGGUAGUUAGAUUUGUUGAAGACAAUUACAAGGACAAAAAUAAGAUUUUCAUGGCUAAGUACUUUUGUGUGAGGCUGCAUGCUAUGUUUGGAGUUGCACUGGCUUUAGGACUAGUGCUGGCUAGGAAUACAAAAUUUACAUCAUGGCCAAUAUUGAGUUGAAGAUUGGCUUGUCGAAAGAGGAAGUAAUGUAGUGUACUAAGGGGAUUGCUCAAGAGGACCAAGGAUGCAAGUCUGCAUGGUGCAACAGCCAUUAAGAUUUCGGUCAUGAGCAAUUUUUCUGCAGGGGGUUUUGAAUCAGUUCUCAUUUUCUUCCCAUUUCCGUGGCCAAAUAAGAUUGAAAGAAACUGCAUGACACUGAUACCAAUCAAGAGUUGUGUGCAGCAAGCUUACCUCAUCAAUCUCAGGUCAGGAGAUGGUUCCACUAUCUAGGCACCUCGUUUUAACAUUCUCCAAUAAACCUUAGUUGAUGCAACAUUUGCUGCAAAGAAUUUUUUGUGAAAUCAGACCACAUGUUGAUUCUUUUAUUUUUGCCAAGAAUCUUUGCAAAUUACAGUGGAAAUUGGAUUUACAACAUUUGGUGUAAGUUCUUGAAUGAAAAUAUAUGGCAGCUAGCCUUGGAAAGGAGUUAAAGAGCAAAA